AUCUCGUGAGGAGGUGCUGCAAAUCAUAGGUGAAUUGAUAGGUGCUCUUCAGCGAGGUCGCACUAGUCUCAUAAUACCAAAGAAGAAAGCAAUCGACGAACUUAUGAAAGGGCGAAAUAUGAAAUCGCUCACACCUAAUCUACCAGAAGAUCAAGCAAUAUCUUUCUUUUUACAAUGCCAUAAACUCAUAAUAGCGAUUUAUCAAUUGUUAAACGUGCAGGGCACUAUGAAAAUGGAGGCCACACAGGCUGAGUGCUCUGUGGGUUGGCUCAAUGACGUGCUUGUGUUGUUUACCGUAGGUCUAACUCUAUGCCAACAGCUGAAGGAUAAAAUUAACGCAUUUAAAAUGGACACUUCAAGUUAGUAAUUUUCCUACCGUCGUCUGUGAAUGUAAGUUUGUGUUAUGUACACACAGCCAAUGUCAACCUAUAUAGUGGGCAGAAACGUCGUAUGUAAGUAACAACUCAGAAACGAACAAGUUUAUUAAGUAUUUCUAACUACAAAGAAUAUAAUAUGAAACUACUAUACAUACAAUGUACUUAAUGAGUACGUUUAAAUGCAUACACAUGCACAUGCGUAUUAUAACUACAUAAAGAACCAAAACGUGAGGGUGUUAAUGCGAAGGUGGUAAAAACAAAAUGUGAUAUCUAGCAUUUAAAAAUAUUCCAUACAUACAUCACCAGCGUAUGGUUGUUCUGAAAAAAAAAACAAACGACAAAAAAUUUUAAUAAUGUUAUGAUAUUAAUGUUAUUUAAAAAAUAUCCCUAAAAUCAAAUUGUGUGAUGUAAAUCAGAAAUUGUGCACACACUUCAUAAAGAGCGUGUCAGACGUGGCAAUAUUUCCAAUUUUCCACGCAAUUCGCUGUCAAAUUGAGACAGACACAUUUUAUUUCGAUGUAUGAACAGCCAGAAGACCUUGCUGUCACAUUUCGGAAAUCAGUUUCAGAAAUAAAAGUUGCAAAAUGUUACUGCAAUUCAGAGAGCGCAAAUCGAUUUCAGAAAUAUAUUUCAACUUGCUCGUGCUGCACUAGCAAUCUGCAAUUUGCCUUUCGGGAAAUAAAAAACCUCUUCCGAAAGACACUUUACAUGCAAGGUGUGACUGCUCAUGCAACUGCUUUCUGAAAUUUUGCAAUUUGACAGCCUUUUCGAAAUAUAUUGCAUUGUCACGUCUGGUAGGAUCUUAAGAGCUAGGCUAAAAAUUAAACUGAAGAACAGUCCCUGAGCGGAAUUAGCGACUUUUCUUUAGAAUUUAAGUAUUUAUUUCCAUUAAGGG